AUGUUGUUGCCACCUGCUGUUGCCCUUGGAGUCAUAGUGCUGAGUUGCAGAGGCUGGUGUUGCCACUGGCUUCGCGAAGUCAAAAAGCAGCACGACAAGGGCAAGGUCAUCUGCUGUGCCGUCUCAAACGUGUAUUUUCCCGUUGCUCGGCUCACAGUGCCAAUGGGGCCACGUAAGCAAGGCACGAACAGGGAGCCUCAAGAUCUGAGAAGACUCAGGUUCUGGUUCGUCAGUGGCACCGGUAGAGUGGUAGAGUCUGGUAGAGGCCGGGAGUUGCAGUCCCUGGCAUCUGAGGGGUGGGUGGAUGACUACGGCGCGGGCUCUUCAGAGCUUUCAGACGCCCGCGCCGAAGAGUUCAACUUGGCCAAGGAGACUUUCCGGAAUGGCCGGCCCGAAGGAUGGGGCCAAGGCACGAUUGAGAUCCAGGGUGUUGAGUACGCCCGGGAAGCCCCAGUCCACGAGUGGACCAAGAAGCCGCUGGGCGAAGGCUGCCGUUGGGAGCGGCAGACCCUGGACAAGUUGCCUUUCCCCGUGUACGCAUUCUUUAUGCCCUAG